AUGGACUGUUCGACGAGCUCAAAUCUCCUAGGAGUGGAAAAUGAUCGGAUGACGGCCAGUUCUCCGCCGGAAAUUUUUACAACAGAUGAUGAAGAUGAAGCUCGAGAUAACUUCAUUCAUACCUACGUCAAUGUAGACGAACAUGUCAAUGUUUGCAAUUUGACGAAACCGUCUCCAGAAGUACAAAAGCCAGAGAUACAACGGCCAGAAAGGCCUGGAGAGGUUAUUUUUGUAUUUGCUUCAAAAAAAAGUUUUUUUCAGACAUCUUCAAGGCAUGGAAGCAGAAGCGCAAGCCGGUCUUAUCAUACAUCGGAAGAAGAUCGGGAAUUGGACAAUUCUUUGGCAGAAAAAGAAGAAACGGAGCAAAUCGAACAGCCUGAUACGGAUAAAUUUGGUUUUUUCGUCAAAAGUAAUGGACCGGUUAACAAGUGAGCGAAGAAACUUCUAGGAUUUUUGCGUUAAUUUGCUUUUCUGUCAUAAUAAAUUUUUUCAGGGAGCUGAUAACUAUCGAAAAGCUGAGAUCAAGGGAAAAGAAAUGGAUUCAGAUGCUCGACAAUUGGCGAUAUUUCAUGGACGAGAAGUAAGUUUCAAAUUCUAAUAAAUAGGAUAACAUUUUGAUUUCCAGGUUUGAUUUGAUCAGAAACCGUUGUCGGAAGGGAAUUCCGCCUUCGAUGCGAGCAAAGGCCUGGAAAUAUCUAACCGGGGCGACUUUUCAAAUGGAAGUCUCCCAAAAUCGAUUCGUUUUCGAUGUAAAAAAGUUUUAUUUUCUCUUCCAAAAAUAGAUGUUUCAGUAUUGUAUGAAGCAGCCAGGGGAUCCGAAAUGGAUCGACGACAUUCAAAAAGAUUUGAAUCGUCAAUUUCCCGACCAUGAGAUGUUUUCCAGAUCCGGAAGGUUCAGCGAAGGAGGGUUUGUUCGAAAAAUGAAUAGAAGUGGAGAAAAAUGGAAGAAUUCAGAAAAGAGGACCUUUUCCAUCUUCUAAAGUGUUAUACAGUUCUUCACCCGGAAGAAGGAUAUUGUCAAGGACAGGCGCCAGUCGCCGCUGUUCUUUUGAUGCAUAUGCCUUUGAGGUUAUUUUUUAAUUAAUAUCAUUUUAAUGGAGAUUUCAACAGGACAAAAAAAUUAACUCAAACCGAAAGAAAAAGAAUUCGAAACUCACUACAUAUUUUGAUCAAUUACUUUAUAAAAUUCUAUAAUUUUUACUUUUAAGCUUAUAAAGAAAUCCGAAAAGCAGAACUACAGUAAAAAUCAUUUUUCGAAUUAUCUGUUCAAAAAAUUUUUCUGUUAACGCGCAAAAAGUUUUUAUACACAAAAGAAAUAAAUAAAACGUUAUUUUUACUUCGGAACUUCCAUAAAUUUUCUUGAUGCUUUUUUAAACAUCCCAGUAGAGAUCUUCAAAAAAACUAUGCGAAAAAUUCAAAAAAAGCAUGAUUCAAACAUUUUCCUUUUUAAGUUGUGUAUUUAAUUUGAGUUAGAAAAAGGUGGUGUUCAAAAAAGAUAAAACCGUGAGAAAAAAAUUUUUUUUUCAUAAAAAAAGCUGAAAAAAACUGAUCUCUUUCUACCCGAAGCCUUCAAGAAAACUUCUAUUUUUUCUAAAUUGAACAAAAAUUUGCUAUAAUUUCCAGGGACGCUUUCUAUUGUUUUGUUCAAAUCUGCCACAAGUACCUUCCCGGUUAUUACAGUCCAGGAUUGGUGAGAAUAAUUUUCUUGUAAAUUUCAACAUGAUUUCUUCCAGGAAGCCUUGCAAGUUGAUGGCGAAAUCCUCCAUAAAACCCUAAAAGUCAAGGCGAAACACACCUAUAAACAUUUUGUGAGCCUUUUUUCGUUUGGAAAUUAUGAAUUUAUUAUUUUUUAGCGUGAAAAUCACAUCGAUCCGAUGCUGUACAUGGUGGAAUGGUUCAUGUGCGCAUUUUGUCGAACUUUGCCUUGGCCGACUGUUUUACGCGUUUGGGACAUGUUUUUGUGUGAAGGUUGUUUAAAAUUCCCUUUUCUUACCUGUAAUUUCAUUUUUCAGGUGUUAAAAUAAUUUUUAAAGUUGCAAUUGUUCUACUAAAGUACUCACUUGGAACCCCGGCGCAGUGCAAAAGAUAUCCGGAUAUGCACUCGAUAAUGACGAGAUUGAGGAAUCUGCCGCCUCAGAUCACCACGGAGGAAUUUUUGAUCGAAAAAGUAAGUUUCGUGAUUUUUCAAAUGUUUUGAAACCGAGAAAAUGGAAGCGAAACAUACUUAUCUUGUCAAAAUUAUGAAAAGAAAAACGGUAGUCAAGAAAUAGUUUUCAAAAUUUAUUUUUUUACUCAAUAAUAUGUUUUAUAGGUUUGCGAAAUGAGCUUCAAUGACGCAGAAAUGGAACGUAUGCACUUCGCCGCCACCAAACUCCGCCAAAUCCAUUUCCAAAAUACAUGA